UCCCUUGCUGUUGGCAAAUAUGAACCCAGCAGUUUCUCCAUUGCUUCUCUGAUAUGCCAUUAGUUUUGUGUUCCUCACUCUUCCAUACAGCAUAGGAGGUUUUUGAACUUUCAGCAUGACUCUGGCAUUAGCGCUUUUGCUUUGUAUGUUUUUGGGGACACAUGGUUUCAACACCCAUCUUGUUAUUGAACCUCAGCCCAACUUUGAUGUGGAGAAAUUCACAGGUGAAUGGUACCGGAUUGGACUUGCAGAUGAGUCACCGUUUUUUGCCAUGUUCAAAAACCAUCUGAAGAUUUCUAAAGGCCUUCUGGUAUCAGAUGCCAACGGAAAUGUGAAUCUGACCAUGUGGAGCAUGAGACCAUAUGGAUGUUCCAUCAAUGUUUAUUCAUAUGAGAAGACAGAUGUUCCUGGAGAAUUCACUUACUUCAGCAAAAGGCACAAGAUAACAAAAGACAUCACAAUAGUGGAGACCAAUUACACUGAUUACAGUUUGGUCCUUAAAUACAAGAGCAUGCACAAAGAAUACACUCAAGUAGCUCUUUACGGACGGUCAUCCAUACAAAGGCCAGAAAUAAUUGAGAAGUUCAGAUCUUUUGUUUUAUCUCUGGGCUUUUCUGACGAGGCCAUUGUCAUUCCAGCAGAUGCUGAUCCCUGCCCUAUCCCAGAACCAAGCCAGCCGUGGAUUCAGACCUUGGGUUACAUAUAUUCCGUUUUGUUACACAUUUGGGGAACAGUGUCUGUUUUAACGCAAACAAUCAUUGGAGAAAUACAACACUAUAACACUAUAAAUGUUACGCAGUUUGUACAACGUUCGUAAAGCCAGCAGGUGGCGCAGUUGUAACAGGACACAAUCAGCCAGCAUCUCAUAAUCUCCACAAACAGUGCUACCAAUAACGAUGAAUGUAUCACAUGUAAUACUGUAGUUGCUUGCCUAAUGUUUACAGAACAAUUGUGUCAAAUCUUUGUGAUCAUUUUACAAUUGUAUUUUCAAAAUGAAUAAUAAAAGGUUGUU